GGGCCUGGGUGCAGUGGGGGGUGGGGUCGGCCCGAGCGCCACAAGGUGGGUCCUGAUCCAGCCUGCCCGCCUGCCCGCAGAUCUUGGAUCAGUCGCCCUUGCCUUACAUGUAAACAACUCUUGGCAACCCCAGACUUCCUCCUUCCCUCCUCCCCCGACCCACAACGAAUGCAACGUCCGCAGAUCCAUCAACCAGCUUCACUUGUCGCCAUCGCGCUUGCCCUCUUGACCUGUCUGCAUUCUGGCUCGUCCAGUUCAAUCCAUACAUCUAACCGUCGUCUGUACGACCACGCACGCAUCCAAUCCACAUCCAAUCCACAUCCAGCCGCGACUGCCAAAGAUGGCCCCAGACACGCGUGCUCAACGCGAGACGCGUCACAACGCGACUGCGCCUGCCUCAUCAGCGGGUUCUCACGACACCAUCGGCCACACCACAGCCUCCUUUGGCCCUCCCCAGGAGGAUACCAUCGCCUCUGCUCACGAUGACAUCACCCGCAUGUCCUACAUCUCACCUGCUAAUGUCGGGUUUGACCCCACCGCCUCCGUCGCGCCUUACGAGCGCCCCAUGGCACCCACCCCAGGCUUCGACUACUCGCCCUCCCCGGUCAUCGCGCCCGCCCCAGUCAAGGCAGACCACCACAUCCCAGGGCUCCUGAUCACCGACCUCCUUCCAUCCUCACACGCCCCUUCUAGCUGCGACUUCGGCACACCAAAGAACUUCGCCCACACCCCAGUCUUUGGUCCAUCCCCGCCUUUCGUGCCCAAGACACGUGGCCGCGCCGCCUUCCAAGCGCGCUGCGAGACAGCCUCGCCUUCUGAGAGCAGCCUGAGCCGCUUCCUCAGAGGCUUCUCCACCUCCUCCGCAUCGACCAGGCCUUCGCUUCAGCCCGUGGUCCGCACAUCCACUCCCGAGAGCUGCGACGGAGAUGCAGCCGCUGUGGCUCGCGCGUCUGCCCCCAAUCGCCCCAUCACCAAUGAACCCAUUUCCGGCCUCCUUCCCAUCGACACACAUGACCCUACCGCCAAUGAGCAAGCCAACGCUUUCACUGCUUGGUCGCUCUACGCUGUCCCUGGAAAUCUUUUGGCCGACUUCGUCUCCGGGGUCCUCAGAUUCAGCCAGCUCGACCAGGAUGGAAACCCGGUGUUCGUCAAGGACACGGAUACCGAUGCUUCAUCCCAGCAGCAGGCAGCCGACGCCCACAAACAUGUCAAUGCUGUUCACAUUUCCCAGGAGGAGACCCGGAUCUUCGUCUCCAUGGACCAGCUCCGACAGGAAAUUGCCGGGCUGCAGGAGCACGACGAGGCCAUGGAGCGUGAGGCAGACAAGGCGCACCAGGAGAAGGCUAGGCUCGAACUCCAGCUGCAAGAAGCCCGCGGCACCUGUCGCAAGGCGUCAUCCGACAGUGCUAUCGGCUCUGACUCGGACGACGACAUUCGGAAGCGCGCACAGACAGAGAAGCUCAAGCGCAUGCAGAAGCGACUUGACGAGGCUAACAUCCUCGCCAACUCACAACACGUCCACAUCGACUCCCUCACCGCCGAGCGUGAUGAGUUAAUUAAGGAAUGCCGUCUCGCACACGCGCACAAGAAGGUCCUUGACGAUCAGAGCCAGGCUCUCAGGGAGCAAACCCUGGGCCUCCACAAGGAGAACCAGGCCAUGAAGGCACAGAUCCAACAGGCAGGCAACUACUUCAUCAGCAUUGAAAGCGAGAUGAAGCAACUUAUCAGUGAGAAUGAGCGUCUGCGCCAACAACUGCGCCAAAAGGACCAGCAGAACGACUCUUUGCGCAAGACGCGCAAGUCUCAUUCGGACCAAAUUAAGAAUUUGCAAACCGAGCUCGAGGCCACUCGCGCCCAGCUCGGGGACACCAUCAGGGAUACCAAUGUCCUUAUCAGCAAGGACAGAGAGAAUGAUGCCCUCUCGGCAGAAGUCGAGCAACUCAAGGCUGAGCUUGAGGUCACUUGCGGCCAACUCGGAGGUAUCAUCGAUGACAACCGGGUCCUUCGUAACAAGAACAGGGAGAAUGAUGCCCGCUCAGAGCAGAUCGAGAAACUGAAAGCCGAGCUUGAGGCCACUCGCAGCCAACUCGGAGAUACCACCAGGGACAUCCAGGUGCUAGUGCACAAGAACAAAGAGAUCAAGGCCCAGCGCGAUAAGGUCGAGGGCCUUUAUGAGUCUCUGCAGCACGACUACACUGUCAUUCAUCGUAAGCUGCGCGAAGAGUCGACGGUCAACUCUGUUUCCAGCACGCGCAGCGAGGCUCGCUCCCGUCCGCUCCCUGCGAUCCAGAUCAAGCGUUCUGCGGCACCCACCAAGCGCACCACGGCACCCACCAAGCGCGCUGCCGCGCCCGCUGCUACGACUACCGCGGCAUCCACUAAUAAAGCACCCACCGUACGCGCCUCGGGUGGCGCGCUCGACGAGAAUGACCUUACGAUUCGGCCAGCCUAUGAACCAAUCGAAAACUUGAAGAUCUUGAUCGGGACCACCGAGAGUGAGGUGGCGUCGAUGCAGAGGAGUCUUGACAGGAAGAUUGAGGAGAGCAAGGGACUUCUCAGGGGGUACAGCAACCGCGAGUUUGAGCGUCUUCACAAGGAGAAGAUGGCACUGGAGAAGGCCAUUCACCAGAAAACCAAGAUCAUCUACCACCAGUAUGACCUUCUGGAGUUCAUGGAAAAGAAUGGCAGUCUUUGAACAUGGUGCCAACAGAGGCGUUUCUAUCAGAUUUUUGUUUUGUUUUGUUUUGUUUUGUUUCGACGAGGCUUGAUGGUUCGUCACGUUUUCCACCGUCGUCACUGUUGUUCACGGUUGUCCAAGUUUGUCAAGACUGUUUUGUUUGUCGGUUUUCACAGGAGUCACAGGGAUGCAAGAUAUGGGUCUGUUUGUCAGGUUUCACGGUCAAAGGGAUACAGGAUAUGAUACCCCCACUGCAUAGGCAUGGCGUCACGCAUUUCUAGGUCAGAGCACUUGAGCAUAUUUAGGGGCGAGGGUAAUAGAAUGGCUUAACAAACAAGCUCCAUGACCGACAAUCUGCCACGUGACAACACACUGCAUAGUAACUCGGUCUGGACGUGCCACACCCAAGACCUGCGGAAUUUUCAAGUCAAAAGCCGAGAGAGGACGGAAUAGACACAUAGCUACCACCCCGGCCUUGAGCUCUGUCUCCCAUCUCUUACCAUUGUUAUUAUGCCCUGGAGUUUCCGGCAUCCUUCAUGGCCAGGACGAGAAUAGGCUCAAUAGGCUCCGGGGAGAGAGCUCUUCGUAAUGUCGGAAUGUCGGAGACACAGGGAUUCGCUGAAUAGUUAGUUGUGCAUAAGAGGGGUGGGCAAUGGGCCCAACGUGUUGUUCCAGAUUGCAAAGUGAAGUUUAUAUGAGAAGCUGGACUUUAC